AUGGCCUCCAACAAUAUCAAGGUCAUCUGUCGAUUCCGCCCGCCAAAUGCGAUCGAGCAGCGCGAGGGCAGCGAGAUCGUCGUCGCUUUCAGCGACGACCUCUCAACCGUGCAGCUCAAGUCCGCCCAGCUCAGCUCGGGCCCCGAGCGCGAUGGCUUCAAGUUUGACCGCGUCUUCCCGAUGGGCACUAAGCAGCAUGAGGUGUUUGACUAUGGUGUGAAGGAUAUCGUGAAGGAUGUUCUCGAUGGAUAUAAUGGAACUGUGUUUGCGUACGGACAGACUGGUAGUGGAAAGACCUUCACGAUGAUGGGUGCCGAUAUCGACUCGCCUGACCUGGCCGGUGUCAUCCCGCGUAUCACAGAACAAGUCUUCCAGUCCAUUGUAGAGUCGGACGCACACCUCGAGUACUUCGUCAAGGUCUCAUAUAUGGAGAUCUACCUCGAGCGUAUUCGCGAUCUACUCCAGCCGCAAAACGACAACUUGCAGGUACACGAGGAGAAGAACAAAGGUGUUUACGUGAAGAACUUGUCCGACUACUACGUGAGCAGUGCACAAGAGGUCUACGAGAUCAUGCGUCAAGGUGGUGCCGCUCGUGUAGUCACCUCAACAAACAUGAACGCCGAAUCCUCACGAUCGCAUUCCAUCUUCCUCAUCACCAUCAGCCAGCGCAACACCGAGACGGGCGCACAGAAGACCGGAAACCUCUACCUCGUCGAUUUGGCCGGUUCCGAGAAAGUCGGCAAGACCGGCGCGUCAGGUCAGACGCUCGAGGAGGCGAAGAAGAUCAACAAGUCGCUGUCCGCCCUCGGCAUGGUCAUUAACGCGCUCACGGACGGGAAGGCCAAACACAUUCCGUACCGUGACUCGAAGCUCACUCGUAUCCUCCAAGAGUCCCUUGGUGGUAACUCCCGUACCACGCUCAUCAUCAACUGCUCCCCCGCCUCCUACAACGAAGCCGAAACGCUCUCCACCCUCCGCUUCGGUAUCCGCGCCAAAUCCAUCAAGAACACCGCGCGCGUCAACGCAGAGCUAUCCCCCCUCGAACUCAAGAACCUGCUCCAGAAAGCGCAGAUCUCGGCCGCCGGGUAUCAGAAGAAGAUCGACGCGCUCGAGGCGGAACUCGCGGUUUGGCGCGCGGGCGGUAAGGUUGAGCCGGGCGAGUAUGCGGAGGCCAAGUUGAAGGCGGGUGGUGCGACUGAGCCGAAGAAGCCUGCGCCGCCGGCGUCAAGCACUGCCACAAGCACUGCGACCAGUUCGGCUGCUACGACUCGCAGUGGAACGCCUGUCAAUCCGGCUAUCGAAGGUCUCAAGGAACUUGACAGCCGACCUGCUACACCGACUGUCGUUGGCCUCGAUAAGGACGAGCGCGAAGAGUUCCUUAAGCGCGAGAACGAGCUGUCCGACCAGCUUGGCGAGCGCGAGACUCUGCUCAAAGCCGCCGAGAAGCUUGCCGGCGAACUGCGCGACGAGUUGGCGUUCCUCAAGGAGCAAGAGGCGACUCUGUCUAAGGAGAAUAAGGCGCUCUCCACGCAACUGAACGAGUUGCGCCUGCAAGCCGAGAAGCUCGGCUACGACGCGAAGGAGAGUCAGAUCACCAUCGACAUUCUCAAGGAGCAGGGUGCGGACCAGCGCAAUGAACUUGAGGAACUGCGCAAGGCCCUUGAGCAGCUUAGGGCAAAUAAGCCCGAUGCGGCGCAAGAGGACAAGGAGAGGAGGAAACAGGAGAAGAUGGCGCUUAUGAUGGCCCAGUUCGAUGCGCAGGGUGCCUUCAGCGAGAAGGACGAGCAGCUCCGUGCUCUUCUGGCGAAGCUCGAUGCGGAUGAUGCACCUUUGUCUCUCACCAGUGAGGAUAUCGCCUCUAUCCGCCGGCAACUUGCGGAUGGCCAGGCGCUCGUGCGCGAUACCGUCGACCGCCUCCGUCAGAAGCAGGAGGAGGGCGAGCUAGCAGCGCGGAGGCGCGACGAGCUUGAGACGCGGUUAUCGGCACUCGAGGCGGAGUACGAGGAGCUGCUGGAGAAGACGAUCCGGGACGAGGAGACAAGCAAUGUGGACGUCACGGAGAGUAUGGCGGAGCUGAAAAACAAGCUCGAGGCACAGUACGCUGCUAAGCGUGAGGCUCAUCUGGGCGAGGUGCAGGACUUGAAGCAGCAGUUGGAGUUGAAGGGCAAUGAGGUUAGGAGUCUGAACGCGGCCAUUGACAGCCUCAAGAGCGUCAAUGAGGAGCUCAAGCGCGCGUUCGCGGUGACCUCUGCGGGCAUCGAGGGUGGCAAGAACCUCGCGGAGAGUGCUCAGGAUCUUGAGCGCACUCGCAAGGCAAUCAACGUCCAGCUCGCCGAGUUCGACGGCGUGAAGAAGAGCCUCAUGCGCGAUCUUCAGAACCGCUGCGAGAAGGUCGUCGAGCUUGAGAUCCAGCUGGACGAGAUCAAGGAGCAGUACAACAACGUGAUCCGGAACAGCAAUUCCAAGGCUCAGCAGAAAAAGAUGGCCUUCCUCGAGCGCAACCUCGAGCAGCUUACGCUUGUGCAGAAGCAACUUGUCGACCAGAACUCGGCCCUCAAGAAGGAGGCUGGUAUCGCCGAACGCAAGCUCCUCGCGAGAAACGAGCGGAUACAGAACCUCGAAGCGUUGCUCCAGGACGCUGACCGCCGGCUUGCGCUGCAGAACCAGAAGUUCGAGGCGCAGUUGCAGGCUGUCAAGGACAGGCUGGACCAGGCGCGCGCUCAGAAGGCCGCGACGACCUCCUCUCUCAGCUUCGCAGGACGUAUUGCCAAGCCUUUGCGUGGGGGAGGCGGCGCCGCACCGGUCCCCUCUGGACCGACGCCCAUCUCAGGCGGUGGUGCCGCAUCCGGAAGUCCACUGGCAAGAUUGCAGAACGAGGAAGGAACCGGCAAGCGCGCGUCUUGGUUCUUCCAGUCCCGAUGA